UAUUCAUAAACUUUCUCUGGAAUGUUCCUCGUUUGUUUGGGAAAACAAAAGAUGUCAUUGCAACGUAACUACCCACACGGAACAAACGUGAUCUCUCGUCCUUUAAAGAUAACAUCCGUUUUGCCAGUUUCUCAUUUCCAAAGGACGAUUUAAACAAGUAUCCUACAAGUUCUCCACUCAGCGAAAUCACGAGUGAAUGAUAUAUACUGUUUUGCUUUAAUUUAUGAGCCAAUCAACUCGUAAUUAAUGCUCUUCACACCUCAUCCAGACGACGUUAAGCUCAUUAAAUUUGUUUAUUGACUGUUCAGUGAAAGAAGUUGCUCCUUUUGGCGUAAAAACCUUGGCAAUGUCGAAGAACUCAGCGCACGAGAUGUUUGCCUUUAAAGAAAGAGUGGAGAGGAAUACGAUAGAUUUUGCUGCAGAACGAGCGCGAAUUAAGAAAGGUAAAGUACUAACUGGAAGGUAUUCUCUUCCUGAAUUAAGCCAAACAAGAGAAAGUUUUGUUCUUCCCGACAUUACAACUACUCAACUAACACAAAACUUCGCAAUGGCUCGUGCACGUUUGAAGAACAGCGAAGGAACGAAUCCAGGACAUGCAAAGAAGGUUGUGAAACAGGGCCGACUUAGAGAUAACACCGUUGCGUUGGAAGAAAAUGGAGGAAAGAGCAUGGAUGACUUAGAAGGAUUAUUCGUUUCUAAACUGAACUUUCAGGAUGAGGAUCGAGAUGAUUCACCCCAAUUCUCUCAGCCAUUGGAUCGCGCAAAGAAACUUAGAAAACAACGAAGCCGUCUUUCGAAAACUGACAGCGGAUUUGGUGAAGAUUCAAGCGACGAUGUUGCGGCUUACUUCGCUGAUUCUCCGAAUGAAUCCGACCAGGUGUCGAAUACUUCGAAAGGCUCGACUUCGUUGCCUUCGCCUGAUCAAUCGGCAAGCCGAGUCUCACCUCGAGAAAGAACACAUAAGAUAAAGUCAGACCUCAGGAAUAUUUUGAACCGAAAGCAAACUAUAGUGCGAAAUACAGAAAAGCUAGCUGCACGGCCUCACAUGUGUGUUCAAUCGCAACAAUCACUUCAUGCUGACUUGAUAGCGUUUAAAAAUUUUACGGCCUCUCAUAAUGGUGAAAGUUUAAACUGCACUUUGCAGACAAACGAACACUGUGUGAAACUCAGAGAAGUUGUUUUAAAGACCAAAAGAAAUUCGUUCGAUGGUGGCGAUGCCCUAAAACAAUCAGACACUUCACUUGCUGUUCUGAAAACGCGACGCCGGCUUUUAGGAAAACAAAUCUCAACGGGACCUCCAUUUCCUUUCACAGAACGGCGAAUUCACAAAGAACGUGUAAUAGACAUGACGAAAGCAGUUUGUACCUGUAACAGUAGUCGUGUGCACUUCUCGGAUUUCGACAGAAUGGAUUUAAACAGACAAUGCGUCAGCUGCCCUGCCGAUUUUCGAGCUCCUCAAGAAAGAGUAAAAUUGUCGGACCAUGACACUAACCCGCAUUUUGGGUCUGCAGUUUCUACGUGUAGUUUAACUGAACAAGCUUUGCUUGAAAGCUCGCGGUCGCAGGAGACUGUGGAUGUCAAAAUGAAAUGCCAAGAGUGGCUAACCAGAUGGUUAGCUUCCAACAGCAAAUCGCAACACGAAGAAACUAUAAAUGAAGACAUUUGUUCCACAACGCAUUGA